UUUCUGAACUCGUGUUACAGAACAGACAGACUUUCUCUCCCUCAAACUGUGACAUAAUUUCUUACACACCUGGCAAACUGUUCUCUCUCGCGGUUCAACGGAAGCUGGACUAGUUUCGUUUAUCAUCAAACCCGGUGCGGACAUGCCAAGUAGUCACGGUGUCCUUGCUGCUCUUCUUUUCGCCACCCUCGCGGUAGUCAUCGUUACUAGCGGCAUCGUUCAGCAGAAACGUGCAGCGAAUUUCGACUAUUACGACGAUGGCUAUCAGAAUUUCCAGCCUGUGGUGAAGUUCCAAAGGCCAAUCGUAGUUCCAGAAUUCCCGAAGAAGGAUCAACAAGAUCUCAGUAAGAUACCCGGUAUUCCUGGAGUGGACUAUCCGAUUUAUCACAGCGUUCCAAAGACCAGUUUUUCUUGUGCUCACGUACCCCAUGUACCAGGAAUGUACGCGAAUGUAGAGACUGGUUGUCAGGCGUAUCACAUAUGUCACGAUGGCAGAGAAGGUCAGCAAGGUGCCUCGUUUCUUUGCACUAAUGGAACUCUUUUUAAUCAGCAAGACUUUGCUUGUGAUUGGUGGUACAACGUGAAUUGUGCUUUAGCACCACAAUAUUACAGAUUAAAUUCAGAUCCAUUGACGAAUCCGUAUGUGUCGAAAGAAGAAAAAGAUGCUAUCAGGCAGAGAUUAAAUCGCAUCGUAGUGCUUUAGUUUUUAAUUUUAAUCAAUGAAAAUUUUAUCAAAUUUAUUUAUAAUACUGCGGAGAUCAUGAUAUUAAAAAUUUAUUAUAAAAUCAUUGAUAUAUCUGGCAAAUAAUCAUUCCAAAAUUAUAUUGGGAAAUUGGUUGUGGAAAAAAUUUUGAUAAAAAUUCUAAACAUAUACUUUGAUAGGUAUAUAAAAUUUAUAUAUUAAAUAUUUAAUGUAUAGAUACUUUUAUCAAAAUAUUGGGAAUUUAUAUUUAAUAAUAAAAUAAACUAUCAACUAUUUUGUGCAUUUUUACAAGGUAAAACACAUAAAUUGUAUCUUAAAGAAAGAUUUCGAUCAAUCACAUAAUCUCCGCAGAAUUAACGAUUAGAUAACGAUCGAAGUACCAUCGAAUUUUACUUUAUAUUCCAUACGUUUUAUAUAUUUUUAUUCUAGCUUCAAAAUUCAUCGAAAGAGCACGCGUUUGAAGAAAAUGAAAGUAAAGAAUAAAAUUGUAAACAAUGAAGUAGAACCGAUAAUGUAAAAGUUCAGAUAUUAUUCACAAAUUUAUUUCUAUCUCUUUUCUUUAUCGUAUUUUGAAAAAUUUCUUUAUCACUUAACACAUUGGCCAUCGCAAAAAAAAUUGAAAGUUUUUAUGUACUCAAAAAAAUUCGAAUAUUGAAUUCCAUAAAUUUGCAAGUUUCUCUCGUUCAAUUAGAAGAUAUGCUUAUUAAUAAAAUGAUGUCUGUUCAUUGUUUAUGAAUUAGGUAUAUCUAUAUGCACAUAUACAUAAUAUAUAUUAUAUAUAUACAUAAUAUAUAUAUACAAUAGGGAGUAAAUGACAUUAAGUUGAGUGUGAAACGAUAUCGAAUAUGAGAUCUAUAAUGAUCGGUAUAGUUUCAAAAUAAAAUCAAAUUGAAAAAAUCCUCAGCAGAAAGAAAAAUAUAUAUUCGAUAGAAUUAUUAAAAACUAUACAAUAAUAUUCGAUAGAAAAGCAAAACGAAAAAAGAAAGAAAGAAAGAAAGAAAGAAAGAAAGAAAAAAUAUGUAUAACAAUUAAGAAAUACAAUUAAUGUAUCCCUAACAUGAGAGAUUUUUCGUUAUCUCUAAUAGACGUAUCAAAUGAAAAUAAAAAAAAAUCUUGUUACAGAUCCGUUAUCUUUAAACGUUUCUCGUCAAAUUUCACACGGUACGAGCUGUGAAUCAGCAUUCGUUCGUUCGUGACUCAGGGCAACAAUGUGAGGGUAAUUUUUCUCGAAGGACGUGAAAGUCAGAAAGCUCUUGCGUCGAAAGGAAAGGAAAGGCUAAGACGAUAGCAGGAGAUGUAAACUGAGAGAAAGAGAGAAAGAGAGAUAAAAAAAGAUAAAGAGAGUGUGUAUGAGAGAGAGAGAGAGAGAGAGAGAGAGAGAUGGUAAAGUGAAAAUUGAAAUGAUUCUAACUCGAUUCUCGCUGAAGAAGUAUCAUUUUUCUCUCUUUCUCUUUCUCUCUCUCUCUCUCUCUCUCUCUCUCUCUCUCUCUUUUUCUCUCCCUCUCUCUCUUUCUCAUUCUUUCUCUGAUCAUUGAAAAGAGAAAAAGGGCGGAAGAUAAACCAGAAACUAAUAAGUAGGAUAAUGAAAAAGAAAAGCACGAUAGAGAUUCGAAAGGGAAGACGAUAUAAAAGUAUUGCAGUAAAGUAUUUCCAAAAAUAAAACGUAAAGAAGGAAGAAAGGAAAAAAGAUUUAAAUGAUAACUACCAAAGUGGAUCAUCAUCAAACUUGAUUUCUGCACGAGUAUAUAUCGAUUCUAAGUUUCUCUUCGCUCUUUUAAAAAAAAAAAAGUUCCGAUAAAACGUAGACAUAUCUAAACGACUUCUAAAUAUUUUUUCAAUUUCUUUUUCUGUUACUUUUCUUUUCUUCUUUUUUUUUUUUUUUAUAAGUCGAUACAAAUCUCGUAUCAAUUUUCGAAUAUAUUUAAACUAGUUAAUACUUAAAAAUCAGAAGAAACAUUCGUAAGAAUAUUUUCUAUUUUAUUUACUUUAUCCCAAAAAUUUUCUAAUAUUCGACGUAUAAUUCAAUUUUUUAUCGUCUCUAUAAAAAAUAUUAUAUACUCUAUAUAAAAAUAAU